AUGAGAGGUUCGAAUCCUUGGAAGAACUUUUACAUUUGCUUUGGAUAUCUUCCAAAAGAUGAAAAUAUCUCAAGGAUAACUGGUAUUGGUGGAGAAAACAUGGGUAGUAGAACGAAUGUAAAUGUUACUGCACUUUAUUUUAGUGAUCAUUAUUUAAGUGAAAUAUCUCUCGGCUUUGACAACUUUCUUCCAAACAUUGAAUUUUUUUCUAUGAGAGGUACUCAGUUAAAAACUGUGAAUUUGGUUUCACUCCAGCAAUUCCCUAACAUGAAAUAUUUGUGGCUACAUGAAAAUGAAAUCGAAACUAUUGAAGUGAACGCGUUCUCUCACACGCCAUCAUUGGAAGUUAUUAAUUUAAGUACCAAUCAUCUAAAGUCAAUUCCAUACAACAUCUUUCAACCAUUUCGUUUGAUAGUUUUGCAAAUGAGGGAAAAUGAAUGCAUUGACGAAUCAGCAGAUUCGCCUCAAACAGUGAACCGAUUAAUUGCAAAGAUAGAUAUUUUAUGUUCACCAUUAGGUGAUACCAUUCAAACUUUGAAACGUCUUCAUGAUGAGAUAAUGCCAAAACAAAAUGACUUGGAGGAAACAGUCAUAAAUUUGCAAGAAGAUUUUAAAAUAAUGAAUGAUAAAGUUUUAGAAAUGGAAGGAGAUGUGCCAGAUUUGCUAUUGAUAGAUCCAAAUUUGAUUGAAGAUUUAGAAAAUUUGAAGAAUGAGAUGGAUGAAGAACAUGAGAAUGUUAAUAAAAGAAUAAAUUCUAUGGAAGAAAUAGUCAAUAAAAUUGCAAUACCUCUAAAUAAAGGCAGCAUAACACGAGAUUAUUGUUCUCGAAGGAGUGAAGGCUAA